AUGGUAGGGGCAGUGGGGCUGGAGGAGGCUGUGAGUGCCACACACUCGGGAGAGGACACAGGCCACUAUGCCCCAGAGCAGUGCAACGUGGGCUGUGUCACAGCAUCGGAGGCCCUCGAGGGCCCCAGUCACAGGUCUCUUGUCCAGGGAGGCUGCUUCCUCCUAGAAGGACUCCUUGUGUUGAGGACUGUGGCUCCUGUUGGGAAGUCCAUGACGGACCGCACUGGACCCCAGGCCCUAACAGGGUCCCUGUCCGGGGGGAAUGGCUUCAGGAAUGCCCAAGUCAUUCCUGCGUGCCUGGUCAUUUACCCCAGGCCACGGCCAGGCAUGCAGUGGCCAGACCUGCGCCCCCUGGACAUCCUGGCAGAGGCCGUCUCUGCACACGGAGCUGCAGGUGGAAUCAGGGUGACACAGGCUCACGGCGUGCAAGGACUUCAGCUCUCGGCCGCCGCCCCCCACGCCGUGAGCUUCCCUGCAUCAAGGAUUUUCGUCCGAUGUGACCUCUUCCCUGAAGAAUUUUCGAUCGUCAUAACCUUGAAAGUUCCCACUCUUCCCCCGAAGAAGAACGAGUACCUGUUCACUGUGCUGGCGGAGGAGCCGGGCGCCCUGCUGCUGGGCCUGCGGUACUCGCCCACCCGGCUGCACUUCCUCUUCCUCAGCCAGGACACGGCGGGGGCCUGGCAAACCCGGGUGACCUUCCGCAGCCCCGCUCUGAUGGACGGCCAGUGGCACACGCUGGUCUUGGCCGUGUCCGAAGGAUCCUUUUCCCUCACCACGGACUGCGGCCGCCCGGUGGACAUAAUGGCUGACGUGCCCUUCCCGGCCGGCCUGUCAGUGCGAGGAGCCCGGUUCUUCAUCGGCAGCAGGAAGAGGACCAAAGGCCUGUUCACGGGCUUGGUGAGGCAGCUGGUCCUGCUGCCCGGCUCAGACGCCACCCCGCGGCUCUGUCCCUGCCCGAGGGCCGAGCUGGCCGCGCUGUCCAUCCCCCCGGUCCUGCAGGGCAUCCCAGGGAAGCCAGAGGAUAACGAGGUGCUAAAGUAUCCCUAUGAAACGGACGUGAAGGUGACGCUAGGCUCCCGGCCUCCGUGCACCAAAAGGGAGGACGCCCAGUUCUGGUUCGACGCCAGCCGGAAGGGGCUGUUCCUGUGCGUGGGCAGCGAGUGGGUCUCCGUGUUAGCAGCGGCCAGGGAGAAGCUGGACUAUGUGGAGGAGCAGCAGAGCCUCCUCACCACCUCGGAGACGCUGGGUCUGGAGGUCUUUGCCAUCCCCGAGGCCGGGCUCUUCGUGGCGGCCGCCAACCGCAAAGCCACGUCCGCCAUCUACAAGUGGACAGACGGCAAGUUCUCCUCGUACCAGAACAUCCGCACGCACCAAGCCCAGUCCUGGAGACACUUCACCAUCGGGAAAAAGGUCUUCCUGGCUGUGGCUAAUUUCGAGCCGAAUGAGAAGGGCCAGGAGUUCUCUGUCAUUUACAAGUGGAGUCAGAGGAAGCUGCGCUUCACGCCUUACCAGAGGGUCCCCACCCACAGCGCCCGGGACUGGGAGGCCUUCGAGGUGGCUGGGGAGCACUUCCUGGCCGUGGCCAACCACCGGGAAGGCGACAACCACAACAUCGACAGCGUCAUCUACAAGUGGAACCCGAGGACGCGCCUCUUCGAAGCCAACCAGACCAUCGCCACGUCCGGCGCCUACGACUGGGAGUUCUUCACCGUGGGGCCCUACUCGUUCCUGGUGGUGGCCAACGCCUUCAACGGCACGUCCACGAAGCUGCACUCGCACCUCUACGUCUGGCUCCUCGGCUCCUUCCGGCUCUUCCAGGCCUUCUUGACGUUCGGCGCCGCGGACUGGGAGGUUUUCCACAUCGGAGAGAGGGUCUUCCUCGCGGUCGCCAACAGCCACAGCUACGACGUGGAGACGCGCGCACACAACGACUCCUACGUCAUCAACUCGGUCAUCUACGAGCUGAACGUCACCGCGCAGACCUUCGUCAAGUUCCAGGAGAUUCCCACCUGCAGCGCCCUGGACUGGGAGUUCUUCUCGGUGGGAGAGGACUACUUCCUCGUGGUGGCGAACUCCUUUGACGGAAACACCUUCUCUGUCAACAGUAUUAUUUACAGGUGGCAGGGCUACGAGGGCUUCGUGGCGGUGCACAGCCUCCCGACCUUCGGCUGCAGAGACUGGGAGGCGUUCCGCACGGCGGCCGGCUCCUACCUCGUCUACUCCAGCGCCAAGGAACCGCGCUCCCGCGUCCUGAAGCUGAGGACGGGCUGA